CCUCCCAAUCGCCCCGCAACACCUGUUCCUUCCGUCAUCAACGAGCAAAGCGAGCCUUACUCCUUGCAAUCGCCCUGCAAUACACCUGUUCCUUCCAUCGCCAACAAGCAAAGCGAGCCUUACUCCUUUGCAAUCGCCCUGGGUGCACACACAUUCUAUCAUCAUCAUUAUCAUCAUCGAACCUAUCCACCCACAUGGCCGAAAAGCGAACAAUCACCCAGCUCGAUCAGCUGACUCUCUACCCGGCAACACCUCCAGAGACAGCAUCUCCCGACUCCCCUACACCGUCUGUGGGCUUGCCGGUCUCGGGCGUCGAUAAGAUUAUCGCCGAAAUUCGCAAUCGCACCUGUGGCCGAGUCGAGGUCGAAGAGAAGUGGUGGUGCAUCAGCCUCAGCCGCGACGAGUUCAAGGCUUUUGAGUACGACUACUUCCCUCAGCUCGCCAAGUUCGUCUUACGAAUGUCGGGUACUAUCCACGAAGCCGUUAUCGGAGCAUUCGGAAGCCUAGUCAUAGAGCAAUUGAUCGAUAUACAGCGAGGUUCAAAUAGGCGGACCCACCAAGUCGUUAUUGGGGUUGACCUUGAAUACUGGGAGGAGAAGGGAAAAGAAGCUAGGGUCACUGUGUGGCGACCAAGAUAUAUUGAGGAAGAUGGGGAAGCCGUACUUGAAGCAGCUGAGACGGAAACAGGUAUCUGUCGGGCAGUGGAUGGUAGUUUGGUCGAUGGGGAACGGAUCCUUCGCAUCGGGCUCAAAGAUUUUGGGUACUGGCCCGAUUGCCUCAGAAUCGAUGACAUCCCCGGGGAAAUUGCUAUUUCGUUUUCUCAACUUUACGAAAUAGUGCAGGAGGCUGAGGCUGGAGCGGAGCGCUGGGAUCGUGAGCGCAGGAAGAUGCAGCAUGAGAAUCAUCUGAAGCGGCCAAGGGUUCGGUCACCACCGCAGCAACUCACAGAAUCAGACGAGGAGCGGUUUAAGGCAGCCGAGAAAAGAGUCAAGAUGUAACUUAGCGACCAGGACAGCGAUUAUAUCCCAGAGUAGGAUUCUAUUUUGGGACAGGUGGCAAAGAUAGAGCUUGUAGAACUAAUAGACCUCGAUAUACUUAGAUCCGCGGAUCCUGGGUUCUUGGUACCGCCUCCAUAUACGAGUGACCUACGAGAUUAUCCCAUUUUCCGGAACUCAUCAAGGCUUCCAAAUUCGGCAUACUUUACACCUACGACCAGGACUCAUAGGAAAAUUCGGGAUCCUGUCCGCUCUCGC